AUGGAUCCGACUAAUAUGAGCAAGAAGACCUACAAAAAGGCGGUCGCCAAGCAGCGGCGCAUCAAGAAGCUUAGAAAGAUGAAACUUCGCGACAGGGAUGGCGAUAUUCCUGCCACCGACGUGCCCGAAAUCUCCUAUCACAGCGCUUCCGAGGAAUCGCAAAAAGACUGGCUCGACAAUCUCGGCGAGGUCAAUCCGCCAACUCGCGUGCCGUCUGAUCCCAACACAAGUCUACAAGCCCAAGUCACACAAACUACUCAACGCGACAUUUUGCCACCGAAGCCAUGCCCCUCGCGAACCAUCAUCGACAGCGUCGUUCAAUUCGGCAAAACGCAUCCCAAGACCAUCGGACUCAGUCUCAGUGCCAUCGUUAUCGCUGUUAUCAUUAAUCGAAGUCUUUAG